CUUUUUUUCCCUUUAAUUUUAUCUCUUGUGGUUCCGUGAUUUUCCUUUCACCGUGGCUACCCUCGGGAUCAGUGUGUUGGCGAGUCUUCCAUACUCCCACCCGGUUCAUUCCUCGCAACAAUAUCAUUCGCUGUCAGGCUACCAUCUUGCCCAACCCGCCGGCUCCCUCUCUCAGGCAGCUCUUCACGAGUCUCCAGCUCAUCUGGAGAGAGAGGGGGCCCAGCAAUGCCCUAGGUCGCUCCAUCGAUCUAUCGAAAGAGAAUCGGAGCAUAUGUCGUCCACCUUGACUGGCCCUUCCCCAGGCGAUGCACAUCCGGCCGAGGAUCACAGUACGUUUGGUAGAAAGCGGCCUCGCUCAGACGAUGACUCUGCAUCUUCCGAUGGACCGGACCCUGUGCGUCCCCGGCCUCUUUCCUGGCAACCAUCAGCUCCUGUGGAACCUUCCGUGAAAUCUACUCAGCUUCGUUCCAUCGGCGUUGAGUCGAUCUUGAACCCACCGUCAAAAGCAGCAGUCGUUACAGCAGAACCCGGUCGCGAACCAUUAGGGUCCCAGGUGCCGACUACUUCAUCGUCACCAUCCCAUGCCCGACUGCCCUCCUCCCCAUCAGUCCAUCUUCCCUCUCCCUCCGUUCACCCAGCAAAACGCCUCUCUGCGUCUCCCGCUAUGAAGCAUCAUCAGGCCAUCGCCCCAGCCUCUCCUUCUGCGCGGUUUGUUUCAACGGGAGGCGGUUACGCCCCGAGACUGGGUGUUUCACAGUCUCCUCUGGCUCACCCAUCUCGUCUAGCCUCUUAUUCAGCAGCUCCUGGCUCUCCCCUAUCCGGUGAUCCAUAUCCUGGACAGUCGGUUUCGACAUCCACGCAUCCUGCACCAGCUCCAAUCUCCAUGCAUUCGACUCCAACUUUCCACAGCCGUCGAACAAGCGCCAACCCUACGCCUGCUCCAAGCUCCCAGGAAACAAGCCCUACAACCCCUGUUUCUGCUUACAGUCAGCUCGGGCGGUCAUCUCCAGCAGUGUCUGCUGCGCCAAUGCAGCAAACUACACCCUCGUUUCUCAAUGCAUCCGCAUACGGAUCCAGUGAGCCCGCCGCUCGCUUGCCUUCAGUCAUAGCAGGACCAAGGUCCACAGGGGAAGAAGCGGCUGCUGCGGGAGCCCAGCCAGAGAAUCCCCCUUACCCUGGCAUGAUUCCUUGCAUACUAGAUUUGAAAUCAGGGUCCUCUAGCCAGGCAGAGAAACGGAAGGCGAACAGUGAUGCAUCGAGGCGGUUCCGGAAUCGGAAGAGAAACGAGAUGCAGCUGGAGCAGAAGAUUGCUGGGCAGCUGGAGGAGAUCCAGAAGAAGACUGAAGAGUUGAAGAGGCGGGACGAUCAAAUCCGAUCUCUGAUGCAGGAACGGGAUUUCUAUCGCUCUGAGAGGGAUUUUUUCCGUGAACACGUCUCCCGCUUGGUGCCUACUGGUCAGCUUCCGGCCAGGCCAGCAUCCCCGCUUACCCUACGACCGCCUUUCGAGUCCACCGCCUCUGAGCGCGAGGCCACAUGGCAUGCCUCGGAGGCCAGAAAGAUGGUCGAGAACACUUCUGGAAGUGGGAAGCUGGCCCCAGCGCCAUCUCACCUGAUGGCCGGUUCGUCAACUAGGCCGCCCGUGACGUGGUCGGCCACUCCUACUUCGUAUCCGGCAGCCCACGUUGAACGAGGUAUGCUGCCCGACGACCAGCAAGCAAGAUCAUUGCCCCAGUUUCCGGGACAAUGGGCGCGAAGCUCUUAAAUGAGAUGAAUAGCAAACGUGAACAUCGGACGCCUAAUCUGGCUUUGACAUCUCGAGUAUCAGAUUACUCUACGAUACUUCUGGCGGCUCGCAGGGAGGGCUACUAAUGCCAGCGGGACACGCAUUCUCGAGAU